GUGACCCUUGAUUGUGAUGCUCGAGGUCAGUGAUCAGCAGUCAUGGGUCCGUCAAAGAAGCUCUCUGUCUGUGUGCUGCUCGUGGCCCUUCUCGUUUCAAUUUCAGCUGAGCAGCAGGAAAUCACCUGCAGGGACGAGCAAGGCAAUCCUGUCGAUUGGUUUGUCCUGUACAAAUUACCACGGCUGCACCAAAGUCCCCUUGCUGAGGUUAAACUAGGCCUCGCCUACGUCUUUUUCACGUCCUCGAGCCCUCGCACCGGCUGGACUUUGGGCUCUUUUACCGUAAACGACACUCGCUCCCCGCCUGGACAAACGCUGCGUCCGUUGUACGCACCUGGAAAUGCAGACCUGCUCUCCGUUCUGUACAACGACCAACCCCCGGAUGUGCCCGUUUCUUUCACGCACGGCCACACCAAGGGGGUGGUUUUCGCCGGUCAAGGUCAAGGCGUCUGGCUGGUGCACAGCGUGCCCCAUUUUCCGCCCAACCCAAAAACAUCAGGGUACGGCUACCCUGCCACCGGGGAACACUACGGCCAGUCCAUGCUGUGCGUCACCCUGCCAACAGGACAAAUGGAUCCAGUCGGAACGCAGUUGACCUACAAUCAUCCGUUCGUCUACGCUAGUACGUUACCGCAAAAUUUGGUGUCAGCGAUGCCUGAGCUGGCGAACGCAGCCCGCGGGGCGCACACGAGCCGCCCUCCCUACUUUCGCAAAGUUGACAUCAAGUCGGUGCGCGGCCAAAAGUUCACGAGCUUCGCCAAAACCAGCGAUUUUCGCAAGGAUCUGUACGCGGACUGGGUGUCCGCCGAGUUGCAGGCCAGUUUGAUGGUGGAGUCGUGGCCCAACGGCCCCGGCAGGCUUCCACCCUCGUGCAAUAUGAACUUCAAGGUCGUUGAUGUUUUGGGCCUCAACAUUCGCGUCGACGGCGAGAGCGUGGCCGAAUUCAAAGACCAGGAGGACCACUCCAAAUGGGCCAUUCAGUACCCAGGCACCACCUCGUGGACUUGCGUAGGCGACAUUAACAGAAUGGAGAGUCAGAAGGAACGUGCCGGAGGAACUGUCUGCUUGAAUUUGAUGAAAGUCUGGAGUGCUUUUAAAGAGGCAGUGGUGAGCACGGAAAAGUGUGGGGCCGCGGCCUAAGCAGCUUUAACUCGGCUUAAACCUCAAAUGCAACAAAUAAUAAAUUAAAAAGUAAGAGUUUCUUAAAGUAUGUAGUAUAAAAAACAUCAUUUUAUACCAUUUAACGGGUCUUAUUGGUAAUGUUUACAAUAGUUAUCCGCGCAAUUCUUGUUGAUUUAUGAAGUUCCAAAUAGUGAUUAAAACAAAACAUGAAUUAAACAAUGCAAAUAAUUUAAAAAAAAAAAUUAGCCUUUUUUGUCAAAAUCUAACUUGAACCUACAAUAAAUUGUAA